AGAGAAGAUUGAGGGUGUUUAUACGGAUGCAUUGAGGAUGGUAUGGAUUGUUGGGGCGGCGAUUUGUGGGGUCGGGUUUCUCUUGGUGUUUGUCGAGAAGGAGAUUAAGUUGAGGACGGAGUUGAAGAGCGAGUAUGGGAUGAAGGAGCAGAAGAAGACGAACAGUGGGGAUGCUGGUGUUGAGGCUGGCGAUUAGAUCUCUCAUGGUGUGUGGCAGCAUUCUUUAUUGUCAGAGAAAAA